GCUGCUGGUGCUGCCGCUGGGUGGCGUUGACAGUUAGAUGCCACCGCGGGAGCCUCCGCCUCCGCCUCAGCUCUAAUCUAUCUCGGAAUCGCCGGCCGGCGCCCGCGCCCUCGGAGGACUCCGCCCCGCCCCGCCCCGCGUCGCGCCGCACGCCCACCCACACGCCUCGAUCCCGCUCCCCGCGUCCACGUCCGAGGCAGCGGCCGGCGACGAUGGCGUCGUCCUCGUCCUCGUCGGCGUCGUUCCCGUCGGCGGCGGCGAGGAGGAAGGCCCGCAGCCCCCCGAAGCACCGCCACGACGGCACCUCGCCGCUCCCGCUCGGCAUGGACUGGAGCCCGCCCCCGAAGCGAUGGGAGGGAAGAAACACCAUAUGGCCACAUAACCCUCAAACAGGCUGGAGUUACUGUGUGACGAUACCUUCUUGGAUUGCUCAAACACCUGAAGCGGGUGUAACCCCUGACAAUUUCUUGAAAUCUAUCGUUUUUUACAGGAUACAUGUUGGUAUACAAUCUCCGGAAGGCGUUAGCUCUAGCCAUGGAGUUCUUCGAAGGUUUAGUGACUUUCUAAAGUUAUGUUCUGAUCUUAAGCGUGCGUUUCCCAGAAAAGACAUCCCCCCUGCUCCACCGAAGCAUGCUUUCCUAAGAAUAAAUUCAAGCAGGUUGCUUCUAGAAGAGAGAAGAAAUACUUUGGAGGAGUGGAUGCAAAAGCUACUUUCUGACAUUGACGUAUCAAGAAGUACUCCUGUUGCUGCUUUUCUUGAACUUGAAGCUGCUGCACGCUCAUAUUUCCAAGAUUGGAAUCAGCGUCCUUCUGAAGCUGGUACUUCAGUAAAAAGCAGUACAGACUCUUCUCAUGAUACUGAUGAACCUGCUUCAGGUGCUCUCUCUGAGUCCAAUCGAAUAAAUCCAGUACUUGCUCGUAAUACCAGUGUGACAGGAGCAACUGGUAAUGGUGUGCUGGGAGAAUCUAUAUUAGGCGCGCCAAAUCACAGGAAAGAUAGUAUUGUCUUUUUGGAACAUGAUGGAAGGAAUGGUUCGAUAGAGACUUACAAGGGAGUUAUAUCUGAAGAUGAUCGUGAUUCUAACCCUGGUCAUGCUCGGAAGGAUUCUGCUGAAAGUUUAGGUAGUGAUUUGAGUUCUUUAAGAGGAAGCGAAUUAUCAACUCCAGGGGUUAGUAGUUCCCUAUGGGAUGGUCCCAUAGAUCUCCCAAGUGGUGUGGAUGGACAUAGUCAAACAGAACAUCUUACUGGUUUAGAUAUGCAGCUUUUGUAUGAUGCGGAUGCUCCAUUCAUCCUUCCAACUGAUCAGAGACAGAAGUUAACUAGGGUUUUGAUCACCAUGCAAAGAAGAAUAGGGACAGCAAAAACCGAUAUGGAGGAUCUCAUAGCACGUCUACAUCAGGAAGUAGCAGUUAAAGAAUAUCUUUCCACAAAGGUAAAAGAUUUGGAGGUCGAGUUGGAAGCUACAAAGCAAAAAGGCAGAGAGACAUUACAGCAAGCUAUCUUAGCUGAAAGAGAGAGGAUUACUCAGAUGCAGUGGGAUAUGGAUGAGCUCCGCAGGAAGUACUCUGAGAUGGAGUCAAACCUGAAGAUCGAACAAAAUGAGAAAACUCGUGUGGAGUCAGAGAAAACAACUGCCAGUGGUGAAAAAGAAGAGUUAGUUGAAGAACUAGAGACUAGACGAAAAGAAGUUGAGAGUUUGAAACAGCAUCUUGGAGAAGUUGAGGCGAAGUCUAAAACAGAUAUGAAGGUUCUUGUUAAAGAAGUAAAGUCUCUUAGAAAUUCUCAAAAAGAGAUGAAGAAAGUGCUGAAUCAGUAUCUCGAGGAGAAGACGGAACUAGAGAGGAUCAUUAAUAGAGAGAAGCAGCGGUCGACCCGUGUGAAGUCAAGCCGUGAAAAAAUUCUUCACGAAUGCAGACUGCUCCGUGAGCGUCUACAAGAAUGUAGUGCUAAAUUUCUUGCAGAAGAACAAGAUAACUUGACUGUUGAUCCGUCAUCUUUGCCUGAUGCACUAGACUUUCUUGCGACCUCAGACAAUAGGAUACGUCUUCUUGUUGCUGAGGCUCAGCUUCUAGCACGAGAUGAUGAGCAGGGCUCUUCUGAUGAUGGCGAUAAUUCCGAUGGUAAAUCUUCAAUUACCAUGAGCAGUGAAGAUGCAAACAUCACAGAUGAAGAGACAACAAGGAUGCUAUCGGAUCUGCUCAUCGACAAUGCGCAGCUGAGGAUGCGCCUGAAUUCCGUCAUCCGCAAUGCCGUAAAUACCGCCGUGAAGCCAGAGAAAGAAGACACGGACGGAGUCGUCCCGAGGAAGACGGUCCUCAAUUGGUUGCUGGACAGAUAGAAACACACAUGUACAUAUUCUUGUGAAUUAGCUCCUUCUAGUCAUGAGGCGGCCCGAUCAAAAGUUCAUAUAUGAUGAGAGUAUUGCUAUAAGAAACAAUUCACACCCUUCCCCUCUGCCAGCGCCUCCAUUGUGGGAGCCGCUCAGCUCCAUUGUGGAAGCAACGUACCAUGGCAUGGCAGCUUGUCGUCGUGUUGUAUUAUUUGUUUGGUGACGUGGAAAUCCACCGAGGAUAAUGUAUUUAGCCGGACAUGGGAGAGUUUUUCGGUAGAAGAAAAAUAUAGUAAUUGCGAUUUGCAAAGCCGAUGAUAGACGUAUCUCUGUGUAUAGAUGUUUGAGCUGGUGUGCCCAUUUGGCCUGGCUCCAGGCCAAAUCUUGUUGGUCCAUGGAUGGAGCUUCUCGCUGUUUAA